AGGGCUCUACUGCGAGCAGCGGCUGAGACCACACUACACAUUCUCCCUCCUCCUCCGUUACCUCCUCGAUAAACCUCUGGAGCUCUAUCCCUCGUCUCCGACACUCCCCCGAAGCUCGGGGACGCCUCCAAUGGAGAGGGUCGCGCUCCUCCGCUCCUUGUCGUGCUCCUCCACGGCGUGUCGCCGACUCCUCCGCCGCCCCAGCGCGAAGCUCCGCCUCUUCUCCUCCCGCCCCCAUGGGCGCCGCCCCCACCAUCUCCGCCCCUUAUCCCCCUCCUCCUCCUCCUCCGCCGCUGCCGCGCUGCGUUGUUUCCCCUUCGUCUCCGUCCCUUAUGAUCGAACAAGAAGAUCCUUCUCCGUGGCGCCCCAAGCCGUAUCCACCUCACCCUCGCCCGUGUCUCGUGAUCUAGAUGUUAGCCCUGAAUAUGCUGAGAAGCUUGGGUUCGAAAAAAUAUCUGAACAAACAAUAGAUGAGUGCAAAUCAACUGCUGUGCUCUAUAAGCAUAAAAAGACUGGAGCAGAAGUAUUGUCUGUAUCCAAUGAUGACGAGAAUAAAGUUUUUGGGAUCGUCUUCCGUACUCCUCCGAAAAAUUCAACCGGCAUACCUCACAUUCUUGAACAUAGUGUCUUGUGUGGAUCAAGAAAAUAUCCCUUGAAAGAACCAUUUGUUGAGCUGUUAAAGGGCAGUUUACACACUUUUCUAAAUGCAUUUACUUAUCCAGAUAGGACCUGCUAUCCUGUUGCUUCAACGAAUACCAAGGAUUUCUACAACUUGGUCGAUGUAUAUUUGGAUGCUGUCUUCUUUCCAAAAUGUGUUGAGGAUUUCCAAAUAUUUCAACAGGAGGGUUGGCAUUAUGAGCUUAAUGACCCUGCUGAAGAUAUAUCUUACAAAGGUGUUGUAUUCAAUGAGAUGAAAGGAGUGUACUCCCAACCUGAUAACAUACUGGGAAGGGUUGCCCAGCAGGCCCUUUUUCCAGAAAAUACUUACGGUGUCGACAGUGGUGGUGACCCAAAGGAAAUCCCAAAGCUUACAUUCGAAGAAUUCAAGGAGUUCCACCAUAAGUAUUAUCAUCCAAGCAAUGCCAGGAUAUGGUUCUAUGGAGAUGAUGACCCAAAAGAGCGGCUACGUAUCUUAAGUGAAUACCUUGACCAGUUCGAAGCGAGUCCUGCCCGUGAUGAAUCAAAGGUUCAAUCACAAAAGCUGUUUAGGCAACCUUUGAGAAUUGUUGAGAAAUAUCCUGCUGGUGAAGGUGGCGAUGUGAAAAAGAAACACAUGGUGUGCCUUAAUUGGCUGCUGUCAGAAGAGCCCCUAGACAUAGAAACUGAACUUACACUAGGUUUUCUGGAUCAUUUACUACUGGGUACACCUGCUUCUCCAUUAAGAAGAAUUCUUCUGGAAAGUGGUCUAGGAGAUGCUAUAGUUGGUGGUGGAGUUGAGGACGAACUCCUUCAACCCCAAUUUAGUAUUGGGCUGAAAGGUGUCUCUGAAGAGGAUAUUAACAAGGUGGAGGAAUUGGUGAUGGAAACAUUGAAGAAUUUGGCAGAAGAAGGCUUUUCUUCUGAAGCUGUGGAGGCAUCCAUGAACACUAUCGAAUUUUCCCUCAGGGAGAAUAACACAGGAUCAUUCCCCCGUGGCCUAUCUUUGAUGCUGCGUUCCAUCGGCAAAUGGAUUUACGAUAUGGACCCUUUCGAGCCUCUAAGAUAUGAACAACCUUUGCAAAAGCUGAAAGCGCGCAUUGCUGAAGAAGGUUCCAAAGCUGUAUUUUCUCCUCUCAUUGAGAAAUUCAUUUUAAACAACCCUCAUCGUGUCACAGUAGAAAUGCAGCCUGAUCCAGAUAAAGCAUCGCAAGAUGAGGCAGCUGAGAAAGAAAUCCUUCAAAAAGUUAAAGUUAGUAUGACACAAGAGGAUCUUGCUGAGCUGGCACGUGCUACACAGGAACUCCGUUUAAAGCAAGAAACUCCUGAUCCGCCUGAAGCCUUGAAAUCUGUUCCCAGCCUUUCACUACAAGACAUCCCCAAAAAACCUAUUCAUGUCCCCAUAGAAAUAGGGGAAAUCAAUGGAGUGAAGAUUUUGCAACACGACCUCUUCACCAAUGAUGUCAUCUACUCGGAAGUUGUAUUUGAUAUGAGUUCGCUGAAGAAAGAACUUCUUAAGUUGGUGCCUUUGUUCUGUCAGUCUUUGCUGGAGAUGGGUACAAAAGAUAUGGAUUUUGUGCAGCUUAAUCAACUAAUUGGGAGAAAAACUGGAGGUAUUUCAGUUUAUCCCUUUGCAUCAUCCGUACGAGGAAAAGUAGAACCAUGUACUCGUAUUAUUGCUCGUGGAAAGGCAAUGGCAGAACGAGUGGAGGACCUGUUUAACCUGAUUAACUGUGUUCUUCAAGAAGUUCAGUUUACUGAUCAGCAACGAUUUAAGCAGUUUGUUUCUCAAAGCAAAGCAAGAAUGGAGAGUCGAUUAAGAGGCAGUGGCCAUGGAAUUGCAGCUGCUAGAAUGGAUGCCAAGUUAAAUGUAGCAGGAUGGAUCUCCGAACAGAUGGGUGGCCUCAGUUAUUUGGAAUUUUUACAAGAUCUUGAAAAGAAAGUAGAUCAAGAUUGGGACAAAAUUUCUCUUGCACUCGAGGAGAUAAGAAAGUCCCUGCUCUCAAAGGAAGGCUGCUUAGUCAACAUCACUACCGAUGCAAAAAAUCUUACUAAAUCAACUAAGUAUAUUGAAAAAUUUCUUGAUUCACUCCCAAAUGCUUCAGCAGCUGGUAUUGACUCCUGGCCGGCCCUACUCUCUCCAGUAAAUGAGGCCAUAGUUAUCCCUACUCAGGUUAACUACGUUGGGAAAGCUGCUAAUAUAUAUGAGACGGGAUAUCAGCUCGGUGGAAGUGCUUAUGUCAUUUCCAAGUACAUUGGUAACACAUGGUUAUGGGACCGGGUCCGAGUUAGUGGUGGUGCUUAUGGAGGGUUUUGUGAUUUUGAUACCCAUUCAGGAGUAUUCUCCUACUUGUCCUAUCGUGAUCCAAACUUAUUGAAGACAUUAGACAUCUAUGAUGGGACGGCCAACUUUCUGAGGGAACUAGAAAUGGAUGAUGAUACUCUCACAAAAGCCAUUAUCGGUACAAUAGGAGAUGUUGAUGCAUAUCAGCUGCCAGAUGCAAAGGGUUAUAGCAGUCUACUGCGCUAUUUGCUGGGUGUCACUGAGGAGGAACGUGAAAAGAGGCGCGAAGAAAUUCUAUCAACCAGUUUAAAGGAUUUCAAGGAGUUUGCUGAUGUGGUUGAGUCGGUCAAGAACAAUGGGGCGGUGGUUGCUGUUGCAUCUCCUGAAGAUGUUGCUGCAGCGAACGCGGAGAGACCUGGAUUUUUUGAAGUUAAGAAAGCCCUUUGAAGUUCUGGAGCAUAUAGCAGUUUUUAUUUGGACUUUUGCAAGCUGAAAUUCCAAUCAACGUUAUUUACGUUGAAAUGGUCUUCAACUAUCUUUGCCCAUAAUACAUAAUUUAAGGCUGACAAAAGUUAGAUCUUCCUUAGAAUGAAGACAACACCUUUUUGAUUCAUAAUUCUGAGCAAAAUUGUACAAUCAGACAGAAAUUGUAACAUUGUAUUCUUAUAAAAGCAUCUUAUUGUUUUCCAUGUUUAAA